AUGGCCGGACCGGACGCUUUCAAACAACGAUACUUUACCGAGAUCGGACCCAAGUACGCACACCUGACGGGAAACACGACACGAGACCUCCUCAAGAAGCUCUUGAACAUUCGACAGGACCUUUCUGGGUCCAUCACUUCCAACUCGGUGAUCCACGACAACGCAUGCGGUCCCGGCACGGCGACUGAGGCGUUGAUAUCUUGGUGUUACGAGAAAGGCGGUGGCGGUGGCGGCGACGGCGAUGGUAAUGGCAGCGACACCACCACCGACAAGAAUGUCACGCCCGUGCCUAAGAGCAUCGUGGCGACAGACUACGUUCCCGCCAUGAUCGAAGCCGGUGAACGUAUUAAGACGGAACACAUUGACGCCGCGAUCGACGACGACGACGUCACCGCCGCACGGCUCUGGCAAAACGUCCGGUUCAAAGUCACCGACUCAUCGGAUCUGAGCGAGUUCCCAGACGGGACGUUCACGCACGGUUUCUGCAACUUCAGCGUCUUCAACCUGACGCACCCGGAGCGGUGUCUGGGGGAGAUGUACCGCACACUCCGGGGAGGGUCUGGCUCCGAAUCCGGGGCGACGGCGGUCGUGACGUGUUGGAAGCGGUUCGCGGCGUCGGAUCUGCUUUCGGCCGCGCAGAGAAUCGUCAUGGGCGACGAGUGGGAAAGGGACCAUCGCCUCCCCGUCGCGGGGCCCGAGUACCUGGAAGACGGGUACCUGGCAGACCUGGUCAGGAGGUCGGCGGGCGGCUCCGACGCGUGGGAGACGGUCGAGACGAUCGAGUUGAAACAUCUCGUGAAGGAUGAGGAAGACGGCGAGGGGCGGGAUUGGGAUGGCUUGUACGAGUUUCUAACGACGACUUCGUUGAGUGGUGCCGCGACGAAAGGCUGGACCGACGACCAAGUCUCGCAGUGGCCCCAGGCGGUCAAGGCGGCCAUGAAGAACGAGAAAGAACGGUUUGGAGGCCUGUUGUUCGAGGCGUGGGCCGUCGUGGCGACGAAGAAGACGACGAAGAAUAAGUAG